UUAGGACCAGUUUGGGCCUUCUUUAUUGCUCAGGACAGUGGGACAAUUUGCUGAGAUCUGGGAGCCCCACCAUUCUCCAGAGAAUCUCUGAUCUCCUGAAACUUGGUUGAGGUCUUAGGUUUAUUUUGCGCACAACGCCUUUUCCUUUUCCGGUGUUUCACUUGCUUCCAACAAAGAAGGUGAGUUUUCCUGCUUCCAUGAUGAUGGGGAGCAGGAGACUUCCCUGGAGUUUCAGCUCGGAAACAUCUGGAGUUUUUCCUGAUUCCAGGAUGGGGGAGAGGAGUCUAAAGCCUGGGCCCCAUUCCUAGGUAAGUAGCUGAAUCGGGGUUCUGUCUUGGAAGUUCUCCUUAAUGACUAGAGCUAACAUUAACGACUGGCUGGUCUUCUUCUAUUAGCAUGCUCAGUAAGUGUAUACAUUGUGGGAUUGUUUGUUUUGCUUAACUGCUUUUUGUUUAUUUGCUUCUGUGUUUGCUGUUUUUGCUGUUUCAGUCUUUUUCCCGUUGGAUUUGAUGAAGUCUGUUAGACUUGGUCAAAUCUGAAGCAAACUUCCAAGUUGUAGGAAACAAGCCUCUGAAUUAGCUGAAUUCCCACAGCUGGGAAAAAGGAAAAAAAGCCAGAACAAGGGAAAAAUGAUUUUGACCACCUGAUGGGCUUUAUUUGCAUAACGAGGCCACCUUUUUCCAGCCAUGCCACACUCGAAGAGUAAGUGCCAUCACCUCACGCUGCAGUUCGGUAGGUAGAGUCCGCCAUUUUUCCACCAGGACAGCCCGGGUUUGGUUCCUACAUCCUUUCUGGUUUGAAAUUUGUGUUACUUUUGAAAUAUCAGCAAUUUGUCCCAGCUGAAAUAAGGUAGUGAGAUUUAAAGAUUUAAAAGGAUUUUCUUUUUUUUGAGAAGGAGUCUCACUCUGUCACCCAGGCUGGAGUGCAGUGGCACGUUCUCAGCUCACUGCAACCUCUGCUGCCCAGAUUCAGCCAUUCUCCUGCCUCAGCCUCCCAAGUAGCUGGGAUUACAGGCACCUGCCACCGCAUCCGGCUAAUUUUUGUAUUUUUAGUAGAGACGGGGUUUCACCAUCUUGACCAGGCUGGUCAUGAACUCCUGAUCUUGUGAUCCACCCUCCUUGGCGUCCCAAACUGCUGGGAUUACAGGCGUGAGCCACUGCGCUCAGUCAAGAGGAUUUUUAAGAGGGCUUAAUGGUCAAAAGUAAACUUAAGUAAAAGCUAAUAUCCGACAUAUUCCAACAUAGUAGCUUCAUUAAGUCCGUAUGCCACAUACACAUAUACAGACUCCUGUGUAGAAGAGAAGGCACCAGAUUCCUUUUUGGGGAGAAACUUCUGUUUUUCUUAUGGAACCCCAAGAGUGGAAACAGACACGUCCCUCUCAGAUGUUAAAUUGCUUGCUAUUGUGUUACCUGAUUUUUUUUUUCUAAAACAGUUGACACAGGACUUUUUGGGGUGCUGCUUCUCUAGCUGGAGGCCUCUGUGGCCGGUGGUGCCCCUAGCCGGGUCUCCUGGGCUCCAGGCUUGGCCCUGGAGUACCCCGCCCACCUAGCCCGGCCGAGGGAUCUGCGCUCAGCCCAUGGCUGGACCGCGCAUGCGCAAGCCGCUUCUGCCUUGAGCAUGGGAGUCUGGACAAGGGGAAUGUGGUGGCGCCCAAAACGUGGAGAUGCCAGGAACCGCAGAGCCCCAAGGGUGUCACAGCUCGAUUGCUCCCCGUGCCUGCAGUCUGGUGAGUGGGGAUGUGUUACAGUGUCAGCCCCCCAAGGAACCACAGAGCCCCAAGGGUGUCACAGCUCGAUUGUUCCUCGUGCCUGUGGUCUGGUGAGUGGGGAUGUGUUACAGUGUCAGCCCCCCAAGGAACCGCAGAGCCCCAAGGGUGUCACAGCUCGAUUGUUCCCCCUGCCUGCAGUCUGGUGAGUGGGAGUGUUACAUUGUCACUCCCCCGCUUUUUUUUUUUUGAGACGGAGUCUCCCUCUAUCGCCAGGCCAGAGUGCAGUGGCACAGUCUCAGCUCACUGCAACCUCCGCCUCCUGGUUUCAAACGAUUCUCCUACCUCAGCCUCCCAAGUAGCUGGAACUACAGCAAGUCCCAAAUUCUUCUCCUGUAUCCAAGAAGAAUGAAGUUAUGCAGACACCCGGAGGGUGAACAGGACAAAGUUUUGUUGAGCAACAGAACAGUUCUCAGUGAAGAGGGAAGCUGAGAGUCUGGCUCUGUUGCCCAGGCCAGAGCGCAGUGGCAUGAUCUUGGCUCGCUGCAACCUCCGCCUCCUGGGAUCAAGUGUUCUCCUGCCUCAGUUUCCUGAGUAGCUGGGAUUACAGGUGCCCGCCACCACACCUGGCUAAUUUUUGUAUUUUUAAUAGAGACAGGAUUUCACCAUGUUGGUUAGGCUGGUCUUGGAACUCUUGACCUCAUGAUCUGCCUGCCUCGGCCUCCCAAAGUUCUGGGAUUACAGGACAUAGAGACACUGCAUAUUUUACCAAGGCUUUGACUGGAAUGGCAUGCUUUCAAAUAUAAACAGACUGCUGUAAGGAAUCAAAGUUGACUUAUGGUGCCCAUCAAAGCCCUUGGGAAAACUGGCUUCAUACUGUAUCCACCCAGUGGAUUCUUCUUGCCCAGGUGGAGCCAGUGUAUCAAGCUGGGACGAUGCAGGAGUGUGAAGGAGUUUGAGAAGCUGAACCGCAUUGGAGAGGGUACCUACGGCAUUGUGUAUCGGGCCCGGGACACCCAGACAGAUGAGAUUGUUGCGCUGAAGAAGGUGCGGAUGGACAAGGAGAAGGAUGGCAUCCCCAUCAGCAGUUUGCGGGAGAUCACGCUGCUGCUCCGCCUGCAUCAUCCGAACAUCGUGGAGCUGAAGGAGGUGGUUGUGGGGAACCACCUGGAGAGCAUCUUCCUGGUGAUGGGUUACUGUGAGCAGGACCUGGCCAGCCUGCUGGAGAAUAUGCCAACACCCUUCUCGGAGGCCCAGGUCAAGUGCAUCGUGCUGCAGGUGCUCCGGGGCCUCCAGUAUCUGCACAGGAACUUCAUUAUCCACAGGGACCUGAAGGUUUCCAACUUGCUCAUGACUGACAAGGGUUGUGUGAAGACAGCGGAUUUCGGCCUGGCCCGGGCCUAUGGUGUCCCAGUAAAGCCAAUGACCCCCAAGGUGGUGACUCUCUGGUACCGUGCCCCUGAACUGCUGUUGGGAACCACCACACAGACCACCAGCAUCGACAUGUGGGUCAGCAGAGGUCUGGCUGCAGUGAGGUCCGCUGUUCCUCGCGCUGGCGGGGUCAGCAGACGCCUGGCUGCAGUGAGGUCCGCUGUUCUCUGCAGGGCUGUGGGCUGCAUCCUGGCUGAGCUGCUGGCCCACAGGCCCCUUCUCCCCGGCACUUCCGAGAUUCACCAGAUCGACUUGAUCAUGCAGCUGCUGGGGACGCCCAGUGAGAACAUCUGGCCGGGUUUUUCCAAGCUGCCGCUGGUCGGCCAGUACAGCCUCCGGAAGCAGCCCUACAACAACCUGAAGCACAAGUUCCCGUGGCUGUCCGAGGCCGGGCUGCGCCUGCUGCACUUCCUGUUCAUGUACGACCCUAAGAAAAGGGCGACAGCCGGGGACUGCCUGGAGAGCUCCUACUUCAAGGAGAAGCCCCUACGUGAGUGUGCAGGGUUCCUGACUCGCUCUGCAGGGCAUGGCUGGGCCCUACCCUGUGAGCCGGAGCUCAUGCCGACCUUUCCCCACCACCGCAACAAGCGGGCCGCCGCGGCCACCUCCGAGGGCCAGAGCAAGCGCUGUAAACCCUGACGGUGGGCCUGGCACACACGUGUAUUCCCACACCAGGUCUUCUGAUCGGCGGUGUCCGUGAAGGGUGCCGCGAGCCAGGCUGACCAGGCGCCUGGGAUCCAGCUCAUCCCCUUGGCUGGGACCAUCCUCCACUGACCCUCCCACUGUCUGCCCUGAACCCACUGCUGCCCACAGAAAAAGGCCGGGUGACGCUGGGGGGCUCCCAGCCGUGCACCCUGGAAGGGGCAGGUCUGGCGGCUCCAUCCGUGGCCGCAGGGGUCUCCCGUGGUGGUCCUCGCUGUGUUGGAAAUGUGCAACCACUGCUUGGGAGGAGUGGUGGGUGCAGUCCCCCUGCUGUCUUUUGAGUUGUGGUGGACGCUGGCCUGGGAUGAGUGGACCCAGAAGACCUUCGUAUCCCCUCUCAGUCGCUGUCCCGUGCAUGGGUCAUCUGUGGUGACCCCAGGUGGGCCUGGCAGGACUCCAGAUGAGGACAAGAGGGACAAGGUGUGAGGUAGGAGCCACAACUGAGGAUGCCCGGAGACCACCAGGAGAGCCCUGGGCUGGAGGCUGAGCUGCAUCCCUGCUCCCCACAUGGAGGACCCAACAGGAGGCCGUGGCUCUGAUGCUGAGUGAAGCUAUAGGCUCUUGUUGGAUAAAAGCUUUCUUAACAGA